CGAGGCGAAACGCAACCAACUGUUCCAUUCCAUCCAUUCACCUGUUGAUCUUUGUCAGUCAGUCAGUCGCUGAUAAGGAAAGAAGAGACGAGGAGAGAUACGAGACGAAAGAGCACAGAAAAGAAAAGCAGAACAAAGCAAAGUAAAGCAAAGCAAAGACAAGAUGCCUUCCUCAGACCCCCUCGCCGGCCUCAACGUCUCCAUCAGCCAGGGCACCACGUCGCCGCCAACCAUCGUGGCCACCGUCAAGAACAACAACCCGCACUCCGUCACCAUCGCGCCUUACCAGUCGCCCUUUGACGGGCUCAUCCUCGAGCAGGGCAACCUGUUCAUCUUCCCCGGCGCGACCGACGGCAACGACAGCGACAGCAGCAGCACAACCUCCUCCAAGCCGCUCGACUAUCCUACCAUUGCCCUCAAGCGCGCCUGGCCGCCGCCCAGCGACAGCCUGGUGACGCUGGGCCCGGGCGAGAGCCGCACCACCGAGAUUGUCAUCCGCCACCCGGUGCCGGUGCGCCAGUUGGGCAGCUCCGCGACCGUCAAGCUGAGCGGCCAGUGGAUGUCGGUGUGGAAGAGGCCCAAGGAGGAGAUUGGCGAUGCCGACUGGGACGAUGUGUCCAACCCAGAUGAGUUCUCGGGCCUGUACGAGUCCAACAGCCUGGAGAUUCUGAUUGCGUGAUUGGGGGUUCUAUUCUGUGCGGCUUUGGAUUUUUUAUGUGCAUUGCGCUUGUUCGGGAUGGCGAAACGGCGUUUUUCUUGCUUUUCUUGCUAUUUUGUUUUGUCAAUUGGGAGAAGCAUCGAUGUCUAGGUACCUUGGAUGAAAUAAGGUGGUGAUGGGCUUUGGUCACUUAGAAGGGACAGACUGAGUUGGGACAGGCAGAACACGUGACUCGCCUUCAACCGUUUUUUUCGUACCUAUUUUUUCCGCCAUGAUGAGAUUCUCUUUACGGCAAGCAGUUGUUAGUUGAGUAAAUUCAAUUGGAUAUAUUAUAUUCCGU